AUGAGUGAUCUCCAGAAAGCCUGGGCAAAAUCCAGGCUCAGUGUGGGCGUGAGCCCUGACGCCUUUGACGAGCGGGAGGAGCAAGACAGCUACAUUUCGGAAUUGCCAGAGAUCCCCAUCGAGGACGACUCGUCGUCCGCAUCAUCUGCCUCGUCGACGGGAACUAUCAUUCCGUCGCCCAGCCGCAACCUCUUUGCGAGACCAGAAGGUGUGCCGAGAGGAAGAUCGCUUGCACAAAUUCCAUGGACGACGUACUUUGAGCGGGAGCUGUUCCUUAAGUCCGAGGAUGGCACCUCGAACCCUACGCUGCACGCGUAUCUUACCUCGCCUGUCGGUAAGGGCCCGUUAUUCGUCAUGCAUCAUGGAGCGGGAUCGUCGGCGUUGUCAUUUGCUGUUGUCGGCUCCGAGAUCCGGAAGCGCUUGCCCGCAGCUGGUAUCCUCUCGCAUGAUGCGCGAGGCCAUGGUGAGACCUGGAACCCGGACGGCGACCACCUGGACCUCAGUCUGGCCACCCUAUCGAACGACCUUCUCACGGUGAUCACGAAGACAAAGGCAGAGAUGAAAUGGCCGGAGCUCCCUCCUAUUAUCUUGGUGGGCCAUUCGCUAGGGGGUGCUGUGGUCACUGAACUCGCCAAGUCAGGGGAACUGGGGACCUCCUUACUCGGAUAUGCGGUGCUCGACGUCGUUGAGGGUUCUGCCAUGGAUGCGCUGCAGAGUAUGCAGACCUACCUGUCGACUAGACCCACGGGAUUCGCAACGCUAGAGGCUGGUAUCGAAUGGCAUGUCAGAUCCAGGACUGUCCGCAAUGCAGUCUCGGCUCGUACGAGUGUUCCGGCCCUUCUACGUCGUUCAGACAAAGAAGGGGAUCCCAGGCCAUGGAGAUGGAGGACAGACCUCGCAAGUACACAGCCUUUCUGGGAGAACUGGUUUGUCGGUCUCAGCAAGAAAUUUUUGGGAGCAAGAGGCGGGAAGCUGUUGCUCUUAGCUGGUACCGACAGACUGGACACUGAAUUGACAAUUGGUCAAAUGCAAGGAAAAUAUAAUUUGCAGGUGUUCCCUGAGGCAGGCCAUUUCAUUCAUGAGGAUUUGCCUGAAAAGACCGCAAUCUCUCUGGUAGAUUUUCACAAGCGGAACGAUAGAAGUGCAUUGGUGUUGCCGCCUAAGGUAUCUGAUCUACUGAAGCAGGGGAAGAGAGUGUAG